AUGUGGAAAAUUCUGCUGUUUUCGUGCUUGGCGCUUCCAGGGAGUGCUCUUCCCACCUGUCCCCCGGAAGUGAAUGUGUGUGAGUUUACGUUAGUUGUCGAACCGAAGUUAACAAUGAUGCACAACAAGAUGUUGACCUACCCAGAAGGCGGCAAGCUCUGGGAGUACACAGUAACAAACACCUCGAACGCCCAGCCCGUUGAAGACAACGUGAUAUCGGCCGACGGAUGGGAAAGCCCGAGACUGGUUUAUGUUUUCAACGAAUCUCUACCCGGACCAGCGAUUGAGGUAUGGGAGGACCAAUGGGUUAAGGUACAUGUGAAGAACAUGCUGCACAACCACGGAAUAACAGUACACUGGCACGGGUUGCAUCAGUUAGACACCCCCUUUAUGGAUGGCGUAGGGUUUGUGUCGCAGUGUCCUAUCCUUCCCGGCCAAACCUUUACCUACAAGUUCAAGGCAAGUCCACCAGGAACUUUCUGGUACCACUCUCACGUUGGUAGCUUAAGAACGAUGGGUAUGCAUGGUCCUUUCAUAAUUCACGAGCGAGUCCCGUCACAGGCGGUACAGAACGAGUUCAUCUGGACCGUGUUCGACUGGAACCAUGAGUACGACUCCGAAGUGUCGUUUUACAAGAUGGAGUAUGGCGUCUAUGAAGGUAGAACCAAAUAUAACGGGGGGAACUCUCUCGAUGGGGCACGUUUCAGUUUGUUUCGGUUUCACUCUGGACUGUUGAAUGGGAAAGGACGUUAUUACGACCCGAUGACAGGGCACCAUAAUGGCGCCCCUCUGUCUUCUUUCCAAGUCAAAUCAGGCGAAAGUUACAGGGUAAGAGUAAUAGCAGCAGGAGAGCUUUACCCGUUCAGGAUAUCUGUUGACCAGCAUCCACUUACCAUUAUCGCCUCGGAUGGCUACUAUCUGGAACCUGUCACUGUGGAAUCUUUCAUUAUCAACCCUGGAGAGAGGUUUGACUUUAUCAUCAACGCCACACAAAGCGUGAACAAUUACUGGAUUCGAGGAAAGACGUUAGAGGUCGAAAGCAACCACACAUUUGAGGCCAUUUUACGUUACGAAGGUGCAGCUUCUGAAGCUGACCCGUUAUCGAAACCCCAAAACUGUACAGAAGAAAAUAUUUGCGUUGUGGCAAACUGUCCGUUUCUAUACUAUCCUGUAGAAGAAUUCACAUUGUGCUUAACGUUCGAUGAACUUCGAGCUGCCAAGGUGCAAGAUACUCCUCCUAGUGAUAAAGGCAUGUUUAGAGAACAUUUCCUUAACUUUGCUUUCCCUGGAGAAAAAUGGACUCCAGCGUCCGUGAAUGGCAAAGCCUUUAAACUUCCUACCGUUUCGGCCGUCUCUCAGCCGCAUGAAAUAGAGACUGACUGCAACAGACAAGAGUGUGGAGAAGACAAAGUAUGCAGAUGCACAUGGAGCUUACCUUUGGAUCACGGAAUGACACAUCAGUUUGUCUUGUUAAAUAUGGGACAAGGAAAAGGAUGGUCCCAUCCUGUACACAUGCACGGACAUUCUUUCUAUGUAAUAAAAAUGGGAUAUGGCGAAUACAAUGAAACAACUGGAGAGAUCAUUGGAGACAAUCUUGACAUUGACUGCCGUGGAAAUCCCGACAGGGAGAAGAGUUAUUGUAAUGACGCAACAUGGUCAAACUCUUCGUGGAUCAAUGGAAACGUGCCUGAUGUUGAACUAGAGAAACCUCCUCGUAAGGACACGUUGAUCGUCCCGACAGGUGGCUAUGCUGUGGUUAGGAUAAGAGCGAAUAAUGCUGGUGUCUGGAUAAUUCAUUGUCAUAUCCAGCUCCAUAACAUGGACGGAAUGGCUUUGUUACUGAAUGAAUCGCAUGCAAAUGUUCCCCCGAUUCCUGACAAAUUUCCCUCUUGCAGAAGCUACUUUGACUACCAGAACAUGCCGUUCAUGGAUACCACGUCGCCAAGGCCUACGACUACCAUACCAGUACCCGAGGGUGAACCAGAAUGGAGCGGUAAUGACGGUAGUAAGUAA